GCCUAUACGUUUAUUUAAUAAUUUAUAUAUAUACAUGUAGAGUCCGUUUCUUCUCUUCGUUCCAAUCUGUUGAAUCCAAGUCUCCGAUUUCAUUCAACAGCUAAGGUGUGGUGGGAACCAGGGCUUUGUGGAAAGCAACAUGGCAAAGCAUCAUCCUGAUUUGAUUAUGUGCAGGAAGCAACCUGGAAUUGCCAUUGGACGACUUUGUGAAAAGGAUGAUGGGAAAUGUGUAAUCUGCGACUCCUAUGUGCGCCCCUGCACGCUUGUGCGAAUCUGUGAUGAGUGCAAUUAUGGAUCCUUCCAAGGUCGAUGUGUUAUUUGUGGAGGAGUGGGAAUCUCCGAUGCUUACUAUUGCAAAGAGUGCACCCAGUUGGAGAAAGAUAGGGAUGGAUGUCCCAAGAUCGUCAAUUUAGGGAGCGCCAAGACGGAUCUGUUCUAUGAACGCAAGAAAUAUGGUUUUAAGAAAAGAUGAUAAGCAAUGGGUUUCACCUGUAGUGUUUUUUGUCAGCCAUUGUUCACCAGAAUUCGGUGAGCCCAAAUGUCACUGCCAGUCAUUGUGAAACUAUUGAUCUAAUGGACUUGGGUUGUACCAUAACAAUGUCCAGUAUUCUCCUCUUAUUGUCUGACUACUUCAAACCCAGUGUUUAUGGUCUAAUGAACUUGGAUUGUGUGAGAUGUGAAUUUAGUUUUGGCUACAAACUGUUGGAAGCUUUGAUAUA